UUUAUUUCUGUCAAACAUAUUGACAUAUUUAUUGAAAUAAACAGCUUAAAUCUACAGAUAUUUGAGACGAUGUCAGACGCCGAAAUAAUUGUCGACAAAAUUGCCAGCUUUGAUCGUACCGUUGAAGAUGUUUUAGUCACCGUUGAAUUGGCCGCUAUUGAUAAAUCAGAAUUAAUAAAUGUUUCUCAAAUAAUAACUGACAAACAAGAAAAACAUGAAAAAAAAGUUAGACUUUUGGAGUUGGAUAAACAUUUGGAGUCAUCAAUUUUGGAAGGACAAACGCUAAAAUUCAAAGGUGACAAAAAUGAGCUUUUGGUACUCUGCACCAAUGAUAAAACAUACGAGGUGAAGGAUGCUGAAACAUCAAACUCCUUGAUAGUCCUGCCAGAUUUAAAAUUAUCAAAUGAUUUAAAAAAAUACACAAACAAAGAGUGGACAAUUGAAAAAUCCACAUCUGAGGGUAUUUUUCAUACGUAUUUGGAGGUUCGUGAAUGUAAACCAAAAUUGGGAAAUUUAUUAUCCCUGUUGACUCCAUCAUCAUUCAAUGGUCCUGAGUAUGAAAAAACAAUUGAUAAAUCAACCCUUUGUAACUGGGAUAAAUUAGCCAGUAGCAUACAAGCCAGUGAUGAAGAAAUUAAGGAAGCAUUGUCACGACACAUGGUGGUUGAAAUAAAUGGAUAUUAUCGUAUGAUUGGAUUAAAUUAUGAAACUCAGUUACUCAUGUUGUUGGCCCAAGUGAUGGACAGCAAUUCAUGGGAAAUUGAUGAAAUUGAUAAAGGUGAAACAUACGAUGAACUCAAAGAUCUCAUACCAAAAGAAGUAUUUGAUCUUGUUUUUCAUAAGUAUGCCAAAGUUAGUGCUAAAAAUGGAUUUAUUAAAACUAAAAAUGAUGAACCAUUGUACGAGUAUGAUCAUGAAAAAUUCUGUAGAGUUUGUGCACAAGCAAUUCUCAUAGCAUCACCUGUAACUGAGUAUCAAGAUUUUAUGGAAACUUGGAAUUCAUCAACACCAGAUAAUAUCAUACCAAAAGAAGAAUACUUGAGUGGUCUUGCAUUGAUUAAAACUAAUCCUAAAAAUGGAAAAAAAGAAGUUAUAUCAUAUCCGGAAAUUAAUUUACCUGAUAAUAUCAUAGCAAGAUUCAAGGAUCUUUUUAGUGUCCAAGCAAAGUGGACUGUUGAACAAAUAACUCCUUAUAUUGCCCCAUUGGCAACCCCGUCUGUAAAUGUCAGUGCACUUUUAACAAAAUAUGCAAGACCAUCAAUGGUAAAUGGAGUCAAGUGUUACAGUUCAAAGCAUGGAAAAUAAAUAAUUCUUCAAAUGACAUCCUUAAAGAUAACUCUUCAAUGGGACACCGCCAACAAUAUCAAUUUAAAAUUUUCAUCAUCACUGCAAUAAUGAUAACUCUUCAAUGGGACACCGCCAACAAUAUCAAUUUAAAAUUUUCAUCAUCACUGCAAUAAUGGAUCCAUCAUCGAUAUUUAUAUACAUGUGCAUGUUCGUGGCAUGUAGCAGAUACUGGAACGAUAAAUUCAACAGGACUGGCAUGCUUGCAUGGAUGCGCCUCAACAACCCAACCUACUCGCAAAUAAUAUGAAUUUCAAUGAAACAAGCUGCAGCACACAUCGAUCACAUGCUUCGAUCAUCAAUUGGCUGCUGCUUAUUCACUUGGAUUUAAUGCUGUCCGUUAAACGAUAGAAUCCAACAAAGUGACAGUCUAGUUGGACAGAGAUUAAGUGUGAUUCUUGGUGGGUUUGACAUGGCCGCACGCAUUUCCCGGUCAUAUAUCCGAGCUUUGCUUUCGAAAGGAUGAAGAAAAAGGUAGAAGACUGAUAAUGAAUUCUCUUUAUAUGAAGAAGACAGAUGUCAUCUGUUUUCCAGGCAUUUGAUUAGUUAACUAUGUUGAUAAGUUAACAUACAAUUGUCAAUAAGGGAACGAUAAAUUUUUUUUUCUCAGUCAACGUUAUACUAUAUGUAUUUCUUCCUUUCAUCGUUGUCAAAGCAAUAAAUGAAUUUUCUUUAUCAAUA